GUGCCCAGCCGCCUCGCGUAAAACAAGACCCAGCAGCCAAGCCAGUCCAGGCAGCAAAAGCAGCCAAGCCGCAAACCGAUGGGCGCCGACCAGCCCCCAGCGCUCCUCGCCGAGCCGUCGGGCAUAGUAUUAUGGCUCUGGUUCGAGGUCGCGGUCGGUCUGAGUGUUGUCGUCGUCGUCCUCUCGGCGCUCAUUUUGGGGCUAGAUGUGGACGGCGCGCCACCCAUACCCGUCAUCGUCGCGUUAAUUUUGGGUGUGGGCUGCUUGACGCUGGCGCACCAGGCUAGAAGUUACAGACGAACAGCAGGCUGGGUCGAUGUGGAUGACGACGGCUGGGACGAGCUGCGGCGCGAGGCGCAGUCCGAGCGCGACCUGCGGGGCUGGGAGGAGCUCGCGCCGCCGCCGACGGCCGCCGACGUCGCGGCCGCGCGCCACGAGUCCUUCUCGGCGCACGCGUCGCGGCUCUGCGCCGUUGCCUUUGCGACGGUCAUAGCGUGGGCGGGCCUCGUCGGUUGUCUGAUAGCCGGCGCCGUCCUCGCUAAAGAGUGGAGCACGGAGUUUAUAUUGUGGUGCGCGUGCGUCGCAUGUCUUUCGAUCUCCGUUUCCACAUUACCGCUGUUCGCGCGGGCGCACUCCUGCGCCGCGGCGAACGGCGAGUCGUCCGCAUUACGAUUCGCGCUCGCCUGUUCACAACCACCAUGGCAAUUGUGCGCGGGCGCGACGCGCGCGGCGCGCGGCACGGCCGCCUUCUUCCGGUCCGUCGACGCGCGACUGCCCUGCUGCCACCACGUGCGCAAGGCCCACAAGGCCGCGAGGGCGCCCAAGGGGCCGAAGGGUUCCGAGUCUCCUCGAAAGAAGAACGCGGAGGCGACGGCCGAGGAAACGGACGACCAAUUCGCGGCCCCGGACGAGUUCCCCGAGGCAUGAUGUCCCCGCCAUCGACCGCGCCUGCUCGUUGGCGUGGAGCCUGCAAUUCAUCGACGCGACGUUAUUCCCGUGUAAUAUUAUUCUGUGGUACUUA